AUGUACCUCUAUUUCCAGCUCCGAAGCCACGCCGAGUUAUUCGAGGAGACCAACGCAAGUGACACCGAGGGCACAGCCGGAGCCACCGAGGAAGAAGAGGAAGAGGAGCGCCUACUCAACCCCUGGGCAGCAACUGUCGCAUUGAUCAUCGUAACUAUCAUGGUCGCCAUUUGCGCCGAUUACCUCGUCGGCAGCAUCGAUGAUCUUGUCCAAACAACCGGCAUGAGCAAGACCUUCAUCGGUCUGGUCCUAAUUCCCAUCGUUGGUAAUGCGGCAGAGCACGUCACGGCCGUUGUGGUCGCCUAUAAGGAUAAGAUGGAUCUGGCCAUUGGUGUUGCUAUUGGAAGUAGUCUGCAGAUCGCCCUUUUCGUCACUCCCUUCUUGGUCAUCUUGGGCUGGAUCAUGGGUAUUGAGAUGACUCUGCAUUUCCAGACCUUUGAGACUGUUGCUUUCUUCAUUUCUGGUCUGGUUGUUACCUUGCUUAUCCAGGAUGGCAAGUCGAAUUACCUGGAAGGCGGCAUGUGUCUUGGCAUGUAUCUCAUUCUCGCCCUUGCAUUCUACGUCUACCCCGAUGACGUCGGUGACGGAGUCGGCAUCAUGCAUAACCUCGCCAAUUAA